UUCAACGCUUGUCGGACACACGCAGCUUCAAAACAUGAACGCUUCAGGUAUCGUCCGAAGGUUAGCAGCUCUAUCAGGAGCUUCGGCGGUGGGACUAGGGGCAUACGGAGCUCACGGUUUCAAAAACAAAGACCCUGAUGACUACCAGGUCGUGCUAUUUGAAACUGCCAACAAGUACCAUUUCUACCACAGCCUGGCCCUGCUGGGUGCUGCCCACUGUGGCAAACCUGCUGUGGCUGGUACCCUCUUGGUAGCGGGCAUGGGGAUGUUCUGUGGCUCUCUGUACCACCAGGCCCUGACAGGGGACCCCGGUCUACGCAAGGUGGCUCCCAUGGGAGGUGUAGCUAUGAUCGUUGGCUGGCUGUCCAUGAUCCUCUGAACUGUAACAGUUCGCAUCCCCUCCACAGGGCCACGGCGUGACACUAAACUGUCAGACUGUUGAAUGGAUUAACUGGAGAGCUCAUGAGGGUUGGCUGAAAGGUUAAAUGUGUUGAGUAAUGUCACCCAUCUAACCGCUCCCCGUCCUGGGUUGUGGGUGUCAGCAGGAGAUAAGGUCACAACCACAUUAUCUCUUCGCUACCAUUGUGGUCUGUUUCUGACUGGUGCCCUUUGACUAUUUUGUUUGAGUUUAAAAUGGAUAAGUAAACAAAUACAGUAUGUCACGCAUUUUUUCACCUCAGCAAUUUGUUGGUCUAACAUUUUCAAUGGCAUUCAAUUUUGUACUUGGAAAGGAAAUCGCUAAUGAGCUAAUAGAAAUUCAUAGGUUUGCAACUGUGAGUAUUAUAGUAGUAUAUAUUGUUUCUUUAAUUCUACUAUAUUUCCCCCUACUGCAGUCGAUACAGUUUGUAUUUUUCUGUACGUUUAUACAGCGUAGGUCUGGAAAAUAGAGUGAAAAUAAAGAAAGGAAUGUGAAGGGUUUUAAAAUGAAAUAAAAUACUUUUUCUUAAACA